AUGUCUUCCUGGGAUAGCGCCUGUGAGUGGCUCAAGGCCAAUCCGGACUACUGGUCCGACACGUGGGUGCCGGACAAGACGGUGUGCUCACAGGGAAGGGGGAUUGUGGAUCUGCAGAGCCGGUUUGUGAACUCAAGGGAAGACGCCGUGGAUUGUGCGAUCUGCCCUGCUGGGCGUGCCUCUGUCAAGAUGCAGGUCACGCGGGUGUGCUCCUUGUGUGCACGGGGCUCCUAUCAGAGCACAUUCGGGACCACAGAGUGUGAGCUCUGUGAGCCUGGCACUUUGGCCUCUGCAGAAGGAUCCAGCCAGUGUGAGCAGUGCGGCUUGGGCACAUAUGCGCAUGAGCCCGGAAGGACUUCGUGCGAGCGUUGUGGAGUGCAAGAGGAUAUGUGGACGACUAGCCAGGAGAUCGGGAGCAGGGUCAUCGAGGUCUUGGGUGCCACCUCCGAGACUUUUUGCACGUGCAAGGCUGGGAGCUUCUUGUGGCAAGGUGCGUGCCAGAGUUGCAUUGAGGGCUCAAGUUGCCAGACAAACCGUAUCGAGCUCAUCCCUGGCUACUUUUCCUUUUCGGAGUCUCCUGGCUCCGUCUACCGCUGCAAGGACGGGCACUGCCCAGGAGGGCCUCCUGGCACUUGCGCUCCGGGCCGGGACCCUUCCACACUCGCUUGCACCAAAUGCCAGCGUGGCCUCCGAAGCUCCGGUGAAGGGCACUGCGAGCCUUGUGGCAGUGGGGAGUAUGCUAUACUCGCGGUGGCGUCCUUGGGCAUCAUCUGUGGCAUCGUCUUUCUGCACGUGGGGCUCAUGGGUGAGAUCGAGGCCAGUCAAACAGGAGCACUGGUGGUUGUGAGCUCCAGCCUGAUUCAGCUGGUCACCAUCUUGCAGAUGCUGUCCGUCAUCGGGCACUUUGCCAUUGACUGGCAAGAGCCACUCACGAGCCUCCUGCAUCUUCUGGAGAUGCUGUCAUUGGACCUGGACAUGCUAUCCAUAGGCUGCGUCACCGAUAUGGGACCUGUUGCUCUCUUCUCCUUCCGAGUUCUCCUCAUCCCUCUGGUCAUGUUGAUUGCAGUGAUUGUGCAUCUUGGCUACCUUGCAGUCAUCCGAUCCAGGACCUUCCAAGCGGUGCAUUUGUUGAGGACAUGCGGAACCAUCUUCCUGAUGUUCUUCAUCAUGCUCUUCUCUAUGCUUCUGGCACCCUUCCAGUGCAGUUGGCAUCCGAACGGCCUUGCCACCUUGAAGGACUACGGCAUGGUGUACUGCAACGGCCAAGGAGAACACCUGCAGAUGUUCAUCAUCGGAGGCAUCGCCUGCCUGGUUCCAGCUGCCUUCGUGGCCGUAUGCACGUGGAUAGUAACCUCGGAAAUUCCCAGGCGACUGGCCCGGUCGGACGCCAUGUUUCUGCGGACCUUCUCCUUCUUGAUCAGGCGCUUUCGCCCUGGUACCGAGAUCUUUUCAAUCCUUUUCCUGAUGAGGAAUGCUUUGUUGGUAUUGAUCCUCAUUGUGAAUGUGACCUCUGGCCAGUUGAUGUUGUUUAGUUCGAUCCUUUGCUUGAACCUCUUCUUGGUCGCUUUCGCCAAGCCUUGGCGCGUCAUGGUUUGCAACUUUCUGGAUGGUGCUCUUUCGGUCGGCAUGCUGCUCAUCCUGAACAUCGGUUGCCUCAGUGCAAAUGAACUCUCUUCAGCCGCGUCCUCGAUGAUGGUGGUCAUGUUCCUGGUUGUCAUGGCCAUUGCAAUCCUUGUGUCCAUCAGCGUUGGGUCGGCCAGGUACCUCCAACAGAAGUACCGCAAGCAGUUCCGCUUCUUUCUUUGCCAUCACAAGGUGGCCUCCGGCUCCAUGGCCCGACUUCUUAAGAUGAAGUUGGACCAGUGCCUUCCAGGCACCAAGACUUUCAUUGACUGUGACGACCUCAGUGACCUCACGAGGCUCUUUGCUUAUGUGGCGGAGGAUACAGAGACCUUCCUCAUCCUGGGCAGUCCCGCGAUUCUCACGCGUAAGUGGUGCAUAGGGGAAAUGAACACGGCACGCAGCAAUGGUGUGAAGACCUUCCUGCUCGCCUGGCCCAACUUCGUGGCUCCGGAUGAAGCCUUCAUUUUGAACUACGCCAACAUGGUGCCAGACAUCCGAGAGCUCACCAAGUAUGGCGUCAGCCUUUCGAACGUGGAGGAGACCUUUAGGUGGCUAAGUGGCGUCGGCAGGAUUGAGCUGCCUGAUCUCAUCACCUCCGAGAGCAUCUCGAACACGAUCAUGGCCUUCACGGACGCGGGAAGCCCAGCAAGGACCUCCUUCGCCUGGAAGCUCGGGUCCUUCGAAGAGCUGUCCACCGACUACCCCAUCCUAGCGGACCCACUGAACACCGAGUCCAUGGCCGCGGCUAUGGUUCUGGCUGACUUGUUGAAGCCACGGCUGCUGGGCGGAAUGGAAGUGCCCUCGGUGCUUACCGUGGGGAAAGACUUGCCCACUUCCGCGAAGGUCUCUUUCAUCAUUUGCAGCUUGAACUGCUUCCAGUCGGAGCACUUGCAAUCCUGGCUGUUGCAGGGGGCGCGCCUGCCGAUGCUGCGCAUGAUUCCCGUGAUUGCAGAGGAGGGCUUCGUGAUCCCGAACGUAAACAUCAGCGAGGCCAGAAAAGCCUUUAGCCUGAAGCAGGAGGAUUUGGAGUUGUACCUCCUCGCCAUCAAGGCCAUUUUUCAAGAGAUCGCUUUGGUCUUUUUGCCGCAGUCCUACUCCCAUCUAGACCUGGAGCUUCGAGCCAACCAGGCGGCCAUGAGGCUCACUUCCACCCCGCGGCCAUUGUCAGAGAAAGUCAUGCAGCUCGCGAAAUCCGCAUCCUUCCUCUCCACCCCAGCCCAAGUGAAGGUGGAGGUGGAGGAUGGCGAGGAGCUGCGGAGCGAUGAUGGAAGCUGUGUAGAACACGUCUUUUGA